GUGAUAAUAGAUAUGAAUUACAUACGAAUUACGCGAGGUUUCUUCCUUUUGAGACCUUUUAACAGCUCUCUGUCCAGGGGUGUUGUAUCGUGUCGUGUUGUGUCUCACACAUAUUUAUUAGGAUGACCCGUUCCUGAAGGCGCAUAUAUGUUUCAAUUCGCUUCUUCUUCUUCUCCUUCUUCUCCUUCUUUUUAACUCCCGGUCUUCUCGUGAGGAAGAUUUGUGAAGGAGAUAGCUGGUCAUUCAGCCGUUCUCUUACUUGCUGCAUCAUCUACGCCCCACCUGACCUGUGACGUGGGGUUCCCAAUGAAGUUUUUCUCGCUCAUUUGCGCCACCGCUGCGCUCCUCCAGGCCACCGUCCAAGGCAAAGACGUCGUAGUAGAAUCCCUGCCAAAGGUGCCAACGGGCUGGAGGAAGGUCAAGAACGCGGAUGCGAACCAAGUGAUCAAGUUGCGCAUUGCCCUCGAGCAACCCAACUUGGACCAGUUCGAGAGAGUCCUCUACGAGGUAUCUACUCCUCAGCAUCCUCUAUACGGCCGUCAUCUGUCGCGCGAUGAAGUCAAGGAGAUGAUGAAGCCGAGAGAGGAGUCGACUGCGGCCGUACUGGAUUGGCUCCAAAAAUCUGGCAUCCCCGCGUCGGAUAUCAAGAACGCCGGGGAAUGGGUCAAUUUCAAAACGACCGUGUUCAAGGCGGCAAGCUUGUUGAACACUCAGUUCCAGGUGUAUAACCAUGUCGGGACAGACGCGCAGCGAAUCCGAACUCUACACUACUCCGUCCCCGAGGAGGUCCGAUCCCACAUCACUAUGAUCCAGCCGACGACCAGGUUUGGUCAGAUGAGGCCACAUGCCGUACAGGUAUACGAGGUCAUCGAGCAGAAAGAGGCCGCGGAUUUCUUCCAUGCCGCCGCGGAGAUCCCCACCCAGGAGCUCAACGCGACUUUCUGUAACACUACCGUAACCCCUGAGUGCUUAAGGGCGCUUUACAACGUCGGCGACACGGCUGCGGAUCCCAGCGUCGCCACCAUCUUCGGCGUCAGCGGCUUCUUGGAGGAAUACGCGAAGCACGACGCGCUGGACAAGUUCCUCGCGCAAUUCGCCCCCUACGCGCUCGCCCAGAACUUCACCACGCUCUCCGUUAACGGCGGCUUGGACAACCAGACGGACUCGGUCGACGACGACAUCGAGGCCAACCUCGACAUGCAAUACGCCGCGUCCCUGGGCUUCAACACAGAUAUCCGAUACUACUCCAACGGAGGCCGUGGACCCUUGGUUCCCGAUCUCGACCAACCCGACCCGAAUACCGGAUCUAAUGAGCCGUACCUCGAGUAUCUGACGUAUCUCCUGGAUCUGCCGGACGAGGACCUCCCGCACACUCUCACCACAUCCUACGGCGAAGACGAGCAGUCGGUCCCCAAGACCUACGUCGAGAAGGUCUGCACCAUGUUCGGCCAGCUAGGUGCCCGCGGCGUGUCCGUGCUCUUCAGCUCCGGAGACACCGGCCCCGGCAGCGCCUGCCAGACCAACGACGGCAAGAAUACCACGCGCCUCUUGCCCAUCUUCCCCGCGGCCUGCCCGUACGUGACAUCCGUCGGCGGUACCGUGGGCGUCGCGCCCGAGCACGCCGUGUCCUUCUCGUCCGGCGGCUUCUCCGACGUCUUCGCGCGGCCGUCGUACCAGAAAGCCGCCGUGGACUCGUACCUAGCCGCCCUGGGGGGCGCGACCUUCGCGGGGCUGUACAACCCGUCGGGGCGCGGGUUCCCGGACGUGGCGGCGCAGGGGCGCAACUUCAACGUGGUAUCACGGGGGCAGCUGGUCAAGGUGGGGGGCACGUCGGCGUCGGCGCCGACGUUCGCGGCGCUCGUGAGCCUGCUGAACAACGCGCGCGUCAAGGGCGGGCAGGCGCCCCUGGGCUUCCUGAACCCCUGGCUGUACGGCGAGGCGGCGGCGGCCGGCGGGUUCACGGACAUCGUGGACGGCGGGAGCGUCGGGUGCACGGGGCGCGACAUCUACAGCGGGUUACCGGCGCCGUACGUGCCGGGCGCCGGGUGGAACGCGACGCAAGGGUGGGAUCCCGUCACGGGCCUCGGGACCCCGCUGUUCGACGUUUUGCUGGCGAAGGUCGCGCCGGGGGUCGAUAUGCCGAAGAUUUCUGCGUGAAGAAUACUUACCACCUACCUCUACAUGCAUAAAGUGAAAGUUCAUGGCUGAGCUAAACUAGGCUAUGUAGGUACUUGUACCUAAUUUGGUGAGAGAAGCUGGUGAUGGGUAUAUCAUAACUGGAGGUACAUACCUACCUGUAGAUUUCGCUUGGCUGUCCGGAUUCCGCCAGACAUCCGAAAAAGAACGGGCUAUCCGAUAGAGCUAUAUAGUGUAUGCUCGCACCGCUAAAUAUAUGUACCCAGUAAACUCUUGUCAUAUAAAAGUGGUUAUGGUAUUAAAAGCUGUAAGAUUGCCUUUAUAAAGUCUGGCUAGCAAACACGUUUUUCUGUGUCCUGAUAUGGACACCAGUUUUAUGUCGUACGGUAUCGAAAUGUAGGGUACCUAGGUAAGGUAGCUUUUCAUAUGGAUAUCCGAUCCAUUCAAGACGCAAUAG